CACACACGACGAUAGCGAGAUGAACAAUGCUCCCGCUGACCCGCUAUCUUGGUAUUAUGAUAUACCCGUGGUGACCCGGGUGUAUCUGACGGCUGCGUUUGUUACAACGGCCAUGUGCCAGCUGGAUGCCACCUCUUCGACGAAGCUCUUCUUCAGCUGGCCGCUGAUAUGCAAGGGGCAGGUGUGGCGGCUAGUAACCAACUUCUUCUUCUUCGGGGCGCUGGACGUGCACUUUCUCUUCCACAUGUACUUCCUCGUGAGAUAUAGCCGAUUACUCGAGGAGGGAGACUUCAGGGGGAGAACGGGAGACUUCGUGUGGUUCUUGCUGUUCUGCGCUUCGCUCAUGAUAGGGGCGGCCCCCUACUUGGCAAUGAACUUCCUUGGCCGACCGCUGGCGUUCAUGAUGGUCUACGUCUGGGGGAGGAGAAACGAGCACGUGAGAAUGAACCUGCUGGGGAUGUUCCCCUUCACCGCGCCGUACUUACCGUGGGUCCUGCUCCUCCUGUCGGCAGUUCUAGGAUCGCCGCUGAAAAGCGAUCUGUUGGGCAUCGCCGUUGGUCACCUUUUCUAUUUCCUAGAGUUCGUAUACCCGGAAGUGGCGAACAUCAGGGGCUGGAAGUGGAAGCAGCUCAUGCGCGCGCCUAGGAUUGUACAGCAGCUUUGCGGGCAGGUGCCUGCCGUGGACCGUCAGGAUGUACCAGCAGUGGUUCCGGUACCCGAUGUCGGACAGGGGCACUUGCACGACGACUGAUGGGGGCGAGAGAAAAACGCCUCGACUACCGUGAAAAGACGUCUCAUUUGUCCUUGGAUAGGUUACGGUUUCUUUUGCGGAGUGGGGAAGUCGCGACGUCUGCCGUAUGUGGUCAAGUUCUGAAUGUGGAACACGCGUGCCUGGCGGUACAGCAGUCGGCCUAUGAGUAGCAUCUGUGGUGCUUCGCGCGUAGUAUGGCCGUUUCACACGGCAGGAUCAGAUGGUUCUGCCACCGCCAUGUUGAUCACUUCUACCCCCAAGGUGGUCCAUCCUGUCAGCUGUUCGAGGGUCUCAGCUGAAAGGGCUUUCAAGGGAUUGCGCAGAUUGUGAUGCCGUGGAGGGGGCGUGUGUGUGUUCCGGCGGUCUGUGUAGCCACUCGAUGAAAUACCCUUGUGUUCACUCUCGGUUCUCCUCAUUCACCAGCAUGCCUGAUUUACCAGUUAGGCCCUACGCUACUACGGAAGAUAUCGAAGCGAUAAGAGUGUGGCUGGAUCUCUACUCGCCGUUUUGGGGUUGAGGGUUUGUAGGCGUUUAUGUCCUGUGGGCCCAUGGAAAAGGACACGGUCCGUCUGCUGAAAUCAGCUGUUUAGCACCG